AACAGAUCAGACAGCAGGUCGGUCGGUGAGCAGAGAGACACGGACCGCGCAAAGUACCGGCGAUAAAAACGGCAGACCUGAGCUUUUGGCUUGUGUGGCGGCGGUUUCUUUCUCCUGUGGACUAACGUUACGGGAAGUUUUACUCUACAGUUCAGACGCUCGGAGAGGGUCAGAAAGGCUGUCCACCAUGUCGGGGAGCAGGGAGGAGGAGAGGAGGAAACUGGCCGACAUCAUCAACCACUGGAACGCCAACCGGCUCGACCUGUUCGAGAUCAGCCGGCCCACAGAGGACUUAGAGUUCCAUGGCGUGAUGCGGUUCUACUUCCAGGACCGGGUUGCCGGUAACUUUGCCACCAAGUGCAUCAGAGUGUCCAGCACAGCGACAACACAGGAUGUCAUAGAAACGUUAGCUGAGAAGUUCAGACCAGACAUGAGGAUGCUGUCCUCGCCAAAGUACUCCCUGUAUGAAGUCCAUGUCAGUGGCGAAGAGCGUCAGCUAGACCUGGACGAGAAGCCUCUGGUUGUUCAGCUGAACUGGAACAAAGACGACAGAGAAGGACGCUUUGUCCUGAAGAACGAGAACGACAUCCUUCCCAAGAAGAGUCAGAGUAAUGGUCCAGAGAAGGAGAAGGAUGGAGUGAUCCAGAACUUCAAGAGGACUUUGUCCAAGAAGGAGAAGAAGAAGGAAAAGAAGAGGGAGAAGGAGUUCGCGCGGAUCCCCGACGGAGACGAGCAGGCACUCAGUCGGGAGGACGGAGAAAACAGUCGUCUGGCAGCAGAGGUUUAUAAGGACAUGCCGGAGACCAGCUUUACUAGGACAAUCUCCAACCCAGAGGUGGUGAUGAAGAGGAGACGUCAGCAGAAGCUGGAGAAACGCAUGCAGGAGUUCAUGAGCAGUGAUGGGAGGCCCGACUCAGGAGGCACUUUGCGGAUAUACGCUGACAGUCUGAAGCCCAACAUCCCAUAUAAAACCAUCCUGCUCUCCACAAGAGACACGGCAGACUUUGCUGUGGUGGAGGCGCUGGAGAAGUACGGGCUGGAGAAGGAGAACCCCAGAGAGUACUGUAUUGCCCGGCAAGAUGAUAAGUCAGGCAAGGAAGUGAUUCUGGACGAUACUGAGUGUCCACUGCAGAUCUUCAGGGACUGGCCUGCUGACAGAGGAGCACUAGUGUUCCAGCUGAAGAAGAGACCCCCGGACUACCAGGGGAGGAAGGCAAGAAAAGAUGAUAAAGGCCUGCGAGGGAAGGAAGGCAGCAGCAGCUCCCUGCCGCCCGAAAAAUUGCCUUACCUGGUGGAGUUGAGCCCAGGGCGAGGGAAUCACUAUGCCUACUACGCCUAUCGGCACCAUGAAGACGGGUCUGACUCACGGGACAAACCAAAGCUGUACCGGCUUCAGCACAGCAUCACCGAGGUCGGCUCAGACUGCACAGAGGAUGGAGCCAUACAGCUGCUCGGUCCAGGGAUCCUGCCCCACCACUGCAACCUCAUGCACAGUGAAGGCAUGGUCACCGUGACGCCACACGGUCCAGACGCCGACACCUUUGUUGACGGGCAACGAGUCACCGAGACGACGGUGCUGCGUUCAGGCUCCACCCUCCAGUUUGGCUCUGCACACGUCUUUAAAUUUGUGGACCCGAUGUUCGACCAGGGAGGGAAGAGGGAGCCGGCUGCAAUGAUGAGGAGCCGACACAAGUCAGGCAGUGUGCCAGAAACCACCUUCGACCUUCACGGAGACGUCCACAGUGGAGCUGCGCUGCCCACCAGCAAGAGCUCAGGGAAGCUGGACAUGGAGAGAGGCAUGGUGAAACCCAUGAUCAGAGGAGAGCAGCAGGACAGCAGGUCUCAGGACAUUUCAGCAGACAGAACAGAGUUGACUCUGCCAGCCGGAAUCGAGUUCAGAGACAACUCUGAAGACACCUUCCUGUCAGCCAUCAUCAACUACACCAACAGCUCCACGGUCCACUUCAAACUCUCACCCACUUACGUCCUGUACAUGGCCUGCCGCUACGUCCUGUCGCCCUCUUACCGGCCUGACAUGUCGCCGUCUGAGAGGACACAUAAGGUCAUCGCCAUCGUCAACAAGAUGGUGAGCAUGAUGGAGGGAGUCAUCCAGAAGCAGAAGAACAUCGCAGGAGCAUUGGCUUUCUGGAUGGCCAACGCUUCGGAGCUGCUCAACUUCAUCAAGCAGGACAGAGACCUGAGUCGCAUCACGCUGGACGCCCAGGACAUCCUCGCCCAUCUGGUCCAGAUGGCUUUCAAGUACCUGGUCCACUGUCUCCAGGCAGAUCUGAACAACUACAUGCCUGCUUUUCUGGACGACCCAGAGGAACAUAAUCCACAGAGACCCAAGAUUGGUAAUACACAAACACAUCUAACGGAUGUCCUGCACACCUCUAACAGGUGAAAGCUUUCUGAACUAAUGACGCGUAGUGUCAAAAUAGUGAAGCUUUCUUGAACUAAUGAUGUAGCUACUUCUCAAAAUAAUGAGCUCUUCCACUUCAUCAACAUGUGGCUCUUCAACAAACUGGUGACGGACACAGAGUCAGGGCUGUGCUGUCAAAAUAAUGAGACUCUCCUGAACUAAUGACUUAGUACCUCAAAAUAAGCCUGGGCAGAGAAACAGGGUCUGAAGCUGACUGCCACCUCAAUAUUUUGCUCAAUGUGAUGUUUUUGUGUGUGUAUGCGUGUCCUCCAGGCCACCACCCUGCUCACCAUGGACAAGUACUCCAUGCAAGAUGUGCAGAACAUCCACAACACCUGCUUUAAGCUCAACUCCCUGCAGCUCCACGCUCUCAUGACCAACUACCAUUGUGCUCCGGACGAGCCUUACAUCCCACCUGAGCUAAUAGACCACGUGGUGGCAGUGGCCGAGAACACAGCAGAUGAGCUGGCGAGGAGUGAUGGGAGAGAGGUGCAGCUGGAGGAGGAUCCGGACCUCCAGCUGCCCUUCCUCCUUCCUGAGGAUGGUUAUUCCUGCGAUGUGGUGCGAAGCCUCCCCAACGGCCUGCAGGACUUCCUUGAGCCGCUGCUGCAGAGAGGUUUUUGUAGGUUGGUACCACAUCCCCGUUCACCUGGCACCUGGACGGUCCACUUUGAAGGAGCUGACUGCGACAGCCACUUCUCUGCUGCUGACAGUUCGGAGAUGCCAAUGAGGAAAGACCCGGAGGUUGUCACGGUAACCCUGAAGAAGCACAACGGCAUGGGCCUCAGCAUCGUGGCUGCCAAGGGUGCUGGUCAGGAGAAGCUGGGCAUCUACAUCAAGUCUGUUGUCAAAGGAGGAGCAGCUGACGUGGACGGCCGUCUGGCUGCAGGUGACCAGUUGUUGAGCGUGGACGGGCGUAGUCUGGUGGGCCUAUCACAAGAGAGGGCAGCAGAGCUAAUGACGAGGACGGGCUCAGUUGUGACUCUGGAGGUCGCCAAGCAGGGAGCCAUUUACCAUGGACUGGCUACUCUCCUCAACCAGCCCAGCCCAAUGAUGCCAAGAGCAUCAGAUCGAGGCCGUGAUAAAAACGGGAAACUGCGACCAAAGAGCGAAGGCUUCGAGUUGUACAACAGCUCGGUGCAGAACGGCUCUCCAGAGAGUCCGCAGGCCGGCUGGGAUUCUUACCCCGAACCAAAGAAGAUGAGCAGUGAAGAUCGACUCUUGAAGAAUCGAGCUGAUCACCGCUCCAGCCCUAACGUAGCCAAUCAGGGCCAGAGUCCUGCAGGCAAAGCGGUGUACCCCGGAGGACCUGGCACUAAAAUCACCUCCGUCUCCACCGGCAACCUGUGUGCAGACGACGAGCCCUCCCCUCCCCGUCCAGAAGCCUAUCCCAUCCCCACCCAGACCUACCCCAGGGAGUACUUCACCAUCCCGGCCUCGAAGAGUCAGGAUCGGGUUGUUGGUCCUGGGCAGGUUCCCACACAGCAUUGGCAGGGCAUGGAGGACAGAGAACGCCUCCCAGUGGUUGACAACAUCCACAACAACAGCACGCAGCGGAUUAACCACUCACAGGAGGAGUUGUAUCCUCCACCAGGAGUUCUGAGGCCAGAUGAGCGUAUGCAGCAGCACUACCAGCAGGAAUACCAGCACCGAGACCUGGACUACCAACACAGAGAUAUGGACUACCAGAGAGGUCCACCAGGAGGUGUAGUUGGUCCAGACCACUGGGCCCCACAGCCGCAGGUGUCCUCCUCGUUGGAGUCAUCCACAUCCAGCCAGGAGCACCUCAACUUCUCCGCCUCCUCCUCCUCCUCCAACAAGACCCAGAACCAGAAGACAGGGCCGGGCCGAUGGAAGACACCCAACGCCCCUCACGCUGCGCCGCCACAUUCAGCCCAGACACCAUCCCGCUCUGACCUGCCCCCUCCUCCACCCCCACCCCCGGCCCCUUACCCUGACGCCUACGACCCCUACGACCCACAACCUGAGCUACCGCUCCCGCCACCUCCCGCUGCUGUUGCUCCAGUAACAGCCCAGCAGGCUGCGGACCGCAAGAAACGCGAGGAGCAGCAGCGCUGGUAUGAGAAGGAGAAAGCUCGGCUGGAGGAAGAAAGGGAGAGGAAGAGGAGAGAGCAGGAGAGGAAGCUGGGUCAGAUCCGGGCCAACCCUGUCAUGCCCGUCCAACCUCACAACAACGGAGGAUCCAUGCCUCCUCCUCACCACCAGCCCCCUCUGCCCUCCGUUGCCCCGCCCCAGCCCUACCUCCCGCCACAGCCUCAGCCCCAGCCCCCCCCAUCCAGACCAGAGAAGCUGGCCAGCCUGCCGCGGUCAGCUGUUCCUCCGCCUGCCAGUGCCUCCCACCCUGCUGGCAUGGACACGGUGAUCAGGGAGCUGUUACCGCAGCAGCAGCCACGGACCAUCGAGAGGCGAGACCUGCAAUACAUCACCAUCAGUAAGGAGGAACUGACGUCCAGCGACAGCCUGUCUCCAGACCCCUGGAAGCGAGACGCCCGCGAGAAGGCUGAGAAACAGCAGCAGCUUCACAUCGUCGACCUGCUGGACAAAGAGAUCCAGGAGCUCCAGGCGAAGCCAGAGCGAACAGCGGAGGAAAGUGACCGUCUUAGGAAGCUGAUGCUGGAGUGGCAGUUCCAGAAACGACUGCAGGAGUCCAAGCAUAGCGACGAGGACGAGGAGGAGGAGGAUGAUGAGGAUGUGGACACUAUGCUAAUCAUGCAGAGGCUGGAGGCCGAGAAGAGAGCCAGGUUGCAGGACGAGGAGCGACGGCGUAAGCAGCAGCUGGAGGAAAUUCGUAAGCGGGAGGCGGAGGAGCGAGCAAAGCAGGAGGAGGAGAGGAGGUGGAGGGAGGAGGCCAAACGAGAGGCCGAGGAGAAGAGGAGACAGGAGGAGGAGUACUACAAUCGCCUGGAGGCCGAGCGGCGCCGGCAGCACGAGGAGGCCGAGAGAAAGCUGCUGACGCCUGACGAGCCGGCCGGUCUGUAUCGGCCCCCGCUGCCCCGGGAUUACCAACCCCCUGCCCCCCACAACCCUACUAACACCCCCCCACCCCCCCCACAGAGAAACACCUCCUACCUCAAAACCCAGGUCGCCUCCCCCGACACGCUCUACACCGCCAAGUUUGUCUCCUACGCAGGCGAUGAGGAGGACGAGGAGGAAGCCACCAAAGCAGGGAGUGGCGGCGGUGGCAAUCAAUCAGGUCAGGUGAAGCUGUCGGCGACCAGGAAGUCGUACGGCGACCUCCCGGCCUCCACCUCACCCAAUCACAGCAGGCCUCAGCCGCCGCCCACUGCGCGCAAGCCCCGCCCUCUUUCUGACGGCAUCUUCCUGUCUGGCUCGUUCCAGCCGCCAGUCAACAACUCCAACAGUACAGGUCCCCCCCUUCCUGCCAAACCCAGCUCCAUCCCCCCAGGAGGCUUUAAAGGAUUUAACACGUACACUGGAAACUCAGCAGGAGUUGUAGGAUCAGGAGAAGUCUACAACGACCCGCGGGACAAAUGGACAAAGAGUCAGGAGCAGGAGAACUCGAUCCCCAGCGGCGCUCCGGAGAGUCUGACCUUCAAGGAGCGUCAGCGUCUCUUCUCUCAGGGGAAGGAGGUUUCCAACAAGGUCAAGGCUUCACGCAAACUCAUGGAGCUGGAGAACGAGCUCAACACCAAGUAGUAGACCCCGAGCCUUUCACCUCCCAGCUCCACCUUAACAACAACGACAUCAUGGCGGUAAGGUUAAGGUGCUCCUGGGACAAAAGCGGGUCCAGAGAGCCGGCGCUCGCUUCCCCACCACUGACCGUCUCCUCCUGUAUGUGUUGUUUUCCCCCUUUAUUUUUUAUUUUAAUCAUUGAAUAACUGGACCAUUCACUUUUUUUGACGUAGCUAUAUCGUUGCAAUAGGAGAGACAUUUAUGGCUUAAAAAUUUCUUCCCCUCGUUAAGGUCUGUCAAAGAUAUAUAAUGAUAAAGCACUGUACAAAAGUUUUAAUUGUAUCUAGUGAGAAUUUGAGAAUCACACGGCAAAGGGGGAUAUAUUUUUGUUUAUAAAAUGGUUCCUGGGGCGAGGGGAUGGAGAAAGGUUUUUUCUCAUUUUAAUUUUUUUUUUUUUUUUUUUAAUAGUUCACUGAAAUAUGAACAGUUUUACGGUGUUAUUUUAAUGCUCUUUUUCUGCAUCAUGUUGUUUUCACACUUUUAAUUGCCAGCAGAAAUGCCCACGGUUGAGCUCCAGACCAAUCUUUCUUUUUUUUUUUUUUUUUUUUUUAAUUAA